AUGUCGACCUCCAGCUCUUCUGGAUCUACUCCUCAGCUUUCGGUCCUAUUGCCUGCCGACGCAGCUCAGAGAGAUUUUUCGAUGCAGGCGGGAGAUGGACCCUCAGCUGUUUCAGCCUCUUGCGAACCGGCAACGACCGCUUCUAUAAUGAAGGAGAAAGGCAUCACGCCCUUGACUACUUCAAAGCUGGCGAACCAGGGCUAUCCGAAAAACCAAGUCUUGAAAGUCGAAGACGAGGGUCCUUUCUUGAAAGCUUUAGACCAGGCUUCCUCAAGCACUUCGCUUCCAAUCACUCCGGCCACCGAGGGCUUCCCUACUGCAGCUCUAACCGCAAGACCAGCUAGCGUUGCGCUUGAUGAUCCUCGUGCAGAUGCUGAAGAAGUUUUUCGCCUAAAGCUACAGCUUGCGCAAGCCCGGAACCAUAUCUCCAAGCUUGACCAGGAGCUUGCUCAGUCGCGGUUUGUCAAGGAAUCCGACGUGCCCACUGCUCGUGUUGAAGCGGCUCCACGAGAGAAUAUUUGGGGCAGAGGCACGCCAGAUGAUACCCACUCUGAUACCAGCGAUUCUGCCUCUGCUGUUGCACUGAAUCGAGCUCGCGGAAUCUGGGGACCUACCAAGAGCUCGUUUGCCAACAACAGCUCUCUUCAACCACCUGGUCCAGAGCCGACUCCUGGUCAUUGGUUCGGAGGCCGAGGUUUUAACCAGGCCUGUGUAGAUCCAAGCUCACCUUACGUGUUGAUCGACAGUCAUCGUGCUGAGCGCCAGGCCGCUGAGCAUGACCUCGUUACUCGUCCUCACCCAAACCGGCGCGGCACUCGCUUUGACAAUCGCGUGAAUGCGAAUCACCAAUUUGGAAGCUCAUUUGUCAAUCUCAAUAACCCAACUCACCCGUUUGAUAGCAUUGGAAAUCCAGUCCCAAUUCCUGUGCCAGGCGUUCACGUGAAUGUUGGUCCAGCACUACCUCCUAUGGGCGUGAACAUGUAUCCCCCUUUCCAUCAACAAGCAAUGGGUACUCCUCUUUCUCCACACGCCUCAGAGUUUACCUCUAAGGCUAGUUGGAAGAAUGAGGUACCCAGCAAUGUGAUGGAGAUAACUCACUACCAACCGCAUGCUGAUGAAAAACAGGUUGUUCCUUCUGAAGGGCCAACCUAUCUCCCGCCAACAGAGCCUCUUAAUUAUCGCCGCCUCCUCGAUCGAAAUGUGAAUUGCAACUGGAAGUACAUUGUAGAUAAAAUUGUCUGCAAUAACGACCAGCAAGCCUCCAUCUUUUUACAGCAGAAGCUCAAAGUGGGCACACCUGAGCAGAAAUACGAAAUUGUUGAAGCCAUUGUGGCCCAGGCAUACCCCUUAAUGGUCAACAGAUUUGGCAACUUUCUUGUUCAACGUUGCUUUGAGCAUGGAACCCCGGAACAGGUGAUCAAGAUUGCCGAAGCCAUUCGAGGCAAUACUCUGAAUCUCUCCAUGGAUCCUUUUGGUUGCCAUGUCGUCCAGAAGGCGUUCGAUUCGGUUCCAGAAGAUUACAAGGCAAUUAUGGUUCACGAACUCCUCCGCCGCAUCCCUGAGACCGUGAUUCAUAGAUAUGCCUGUCAUGUUUGGCAAAAGCUCUUUGAGUUGCGAUGGAGCGAAUCCCCCCCUCAAAUUAUGAAAUUCGUCAAUGAGUCUCUGAGGGGAAUGUGGCACGAAGUUGCCCUGGGAGAGACUGGUAGUCUUGUUGUUCAGAAUAUUUUUGAGAACUGUCUGGAAGAUGACAAACGCCCUUGUAUCGAAGAAGUCCUCGCAAACAUUGACAUUGUAGCUCAUGGCCAGUUUGGAAACUGGUGCAUCCAACAUAUAUGCGAGCAUGGAGCUCCCCCUGAUCGCAGCCGAGCCGUCGAUCACGUCAUUCGGUAUGCUGCAGAGUAUAGCACUGACCAAUUUGCCUCCAAGGUGGUGGAGAAGUGCCUCAAGAUUGGUAAUGCUGAGUUUCUCGGCCGAUAUCUCGAUCGAGUUUGCGAGGGGCGCCGCGAUCGCACCCGUAUCCCUCUGAUUGACAUUGCCAGUGACCAAUACGGAAAUUACCUUAUUCAGUGGAUUCUUAACAACGCUUCUCCUCAACAUCGUGAGAUGGUAGCUGCUCAUAUCCGAAAGCACAUGGUCUCUCUCAGGGGAUCCAAAUUUGGAUCCCGCGUUGGCAUGUUGUGUACCAACCACGCGGUUACGACUCGUCCAGGCCCAGGUGUUGGGCCGGGCAUGGGCAGUAGCCGUAUCGGACCAGGACCAGCGAGAUUCAGUACCUCUUACCGUUGA